AUUUCUGUCCCAGACCACCACCAUCACUCACCACGGCCUUGGUCGGGCUCAUCAGAUUGAAAAUAUUGGGCCGUAUUUCUCAAUCAAGUGAUACGUUUUAGAAAGAAACACGUUCGUUGUAUUCGACGCGGCUCAGACCGCUAUCCAGUCUCGCAGAAACCGCACACGGGAUCUUGCAGCCAGUUAUUAGGAUGGCAUUCGCUCAGCCUUUCCCACUCGCAGCAGCAGCCCAAAAAACACAACAACCGGCGUUCGGUCCUGACUUAGCCGUGCGUCUCAUUUGCCCAGAGUGCAGAGAUCCAAAUCCAAAUAUUGUCGAAGAGUUUGGGAGCGGGGAUCUUGUGUGCGGAAGCUGUGGACUGGUCCUGGGUGAUCGUAUUGUUGAUACGAGAAGUGAAUGGAGGACAUUCGCAAAUGACGAAGGCGAUGAUCCUUCUCGUGUUGGUGCUGCGUCGGACCCUCUAUUGGAGGGUAUAGAGCAACUAGAUACGCUCAUCAGUUUCCGUGAUGGUGGCACGGGAAUUGCACGCGAGCUUCAACGUGCGGCUUCUCGCUCCCAGAGCUCCCGCUCCGAGCGGAAUCUUCUUACCGCGUUCCGCGACAUUGGCAGCUGGUGCGAUCAAUUCUCGCUUCCCAAAACCAUCAGCGAUAUUGCCAAGCAGCUAUACAAGCGCUCAGAUGAGGAGAAGCUUCUUCGUGGAAAACCCCUCGAGGCUGUAAUUGCCGCGUGUAUAUUUAUCGCGUGCCGCCAAGCCCACGUCCCUCGUACAUUCCGCGAGAUUUGUAACUUGACCCACGUGUCGAAGAAGACGCUUGGACAGUGCUACAAGGCACUUGAACAGGCUUUCAAUCUUUCCCCGGGAGCUACUGCACAGGUCAAUGCGAAUGGAAGCAACCCGUCCACUGGCCCCGAAAACUUGCUUGUUCGUUACUGCAACCACCUUGACCUUCCUGCCAAUGUCCAGUCUAUUUGCGGUGAUAUCAUUGUUGCAGCACGUCAGCAUGGCGUUGCGGAUGGUCGCAGUCCGGUUUCUAUCGCUGGCGGAGCGAUUUACUUUACUUGCCACUUACUAGGGAAACCCAAGUCUUCCCGAGAUAUUAGUGUAGUUGCUGGUGUCAGUGAAGGCACCAUCAAGUUGGUGUAUAGGUUGUACUACUUAGAGAGGGAGAAACUGGUGAAGGAGGAAUGGAUUAAAGAAGGGAGGGCAGACUUGGAGAGGCUUCCUGUUGAGCGGUAAAGGGAUGUAACCACCCUUUGUAUACCGAUUUGUUACGGAUAUUGAAUUGACAGUGGUACUUAUAAUGAUCAGCGCUCAGCG